AAGCGUGGUUGGUCGUUGAACAUCUUUCCUAAUUAACCAGUCGAUGUCUAUCGUGUUGGAAGUUGGGUUGGAAGUGUUCUUUUGACACUUGACGUUACGAAUUAUCGAACUGUUUGUAAGGUUUCCUCGGGGUAAAAAUGGUGUAAGAAUUAAAACCUACGGGACGAUGAGCAGGAUCGCGAAAAUGGCUUGUCCAGGAGGUGGUCUCUAUGUCGUCGAGAGCGAGGUCUGUCUUCUCAUGACGUCUAUGAGACGAGGUACCCGAUGGUCUUCGCAUUCUCAUCAGGAAGAAGACCAGGAUGCUCUCAUGAAAGGCUUGUCCAACUUAAAGGAUGUUUUGAACGAAGCGAGAGAUUUAUCUCAGUUGGAGCCUGGAAUGUUUCUAGCUCCGUUUCUGGAAAUCAUUAGAUCGGAAGAAACAACGGGACCUGUUACCAGUCUCGCGUUGUCUGCUGUUAACAAAAUGAUAUCUUACGGCUUGAUCGAUCCGGAUUGUACCGCGGUAGCUCACUGCGUCGAAGCUGUCGCAGACGCGGUAACGCACGCAAGAUUUGUGGGGACCGAUGCCUCCGGCGAUGGAGUUGUUCUAAUGAGAAUACUUCAGGUUCUAAGAGCUCUCACUUUGUCGCCGGCCGGAGAUUAUCUGUCGAACGAGAGCAUUUGCGAAAUAAUGCUCAGUUGUUUCAGGAUAUGUUUUGGGUCGCAUCUCAGCGAAUUGUUGAGGAAAACGGCGGAACAUUGUCUGAGAGACAUGGUGCAGCAUCUCUUCAUUCGUUUACCGCAGUUUGCGGACGACACGAGGGCGUUAUUGAACAUGAAGAAGAUGAGAACCGACGGCAUGGAAAAUACUCGUAGCAAGAAUAGGAAAAAUAAGAAUCAUUUCAAGCAAAAAUCAAAGCCAAACCCGGAAGACACGGACGACAGCGAAGCUCAGCUUUUGAACUCCGUCGAUAGGGUGAAACCGAGUCAUUUGGCGACGUCGCCUGUUGCUUCUACAGGAAAUAUCGUCGAUAUGCAAGGAUCCAUGGAUCAAGGGAACACGGAGAACCCCGAGGACGAGAACAAGGACAACGGUAAAAAGGAAUCGAACGGGAAGAAUGAGAUUUCGAAACAGCAAGACGAUGCGGAAGCGAAGGGAAAAGAAGAGAAUGCGGAAGAUACAUCGAAAUGUAAGGAUAACUGCGAUAGUACUGUACAAAGUACAAACGAUGCGCAGGAGAAGGAACAGUUGCAACAGGAAGAGUGCAGAGGCGUGGAAAAAGAUGAGAAGGAGGAGCAAAGUGAAACGAAAGAAACGUCGGCGGUGAAACAAGAGAGUCAAGAGAACCAAGCGGUGGAGGACGAAAAGAGCCCGGAGUUGAUACAGUCGCCGACAGGAAGCGUGGAGGAUUUGUCGUUGGACGAGAGCACCAACAGCGGAUACAAAGUUUUGAAAAUUAAAGAACCCGAACAAAUCGAAGAGUACAUUAACGCUCAAGGAGUUCGUUUCAUGCCGCUUCAACAAUUGGUACCGUACGGUGCUCUAUGCAUUCGUGAAUUGUUUCGGUUUCUCGUGUCUCUCUGUAACCCUCUCGACAAACAGAACAACGGAGUAAUGACCCAUCUCGGUCUCAACCUGUUGCAAGUGGCGUUGGAGAUUUCUGCCGAUGCCCUAACCAAUUUUCCCUCGUUGCUUGCCCUCGUGAAAGACGAUCUUUGCAGAAACUUGAUUUUGCUUCUCGGCACAGAUCGACUGUCGAUCCUCGCCGCCGACUUGCAAGUGUCCUUUCUAUUGUUCGAAUCGCAGAGGGAACACUUGAAAUUCCAAAUGGAGCAUUACAUAAUGAAAUUAAUGGAAAUCGUGUACUCGGACUCGAACAGGAUAUUGUACGAUCAACGAGAAUUGGCGCUCGAUGCGAUCGUGAGGCUGUGGAGAAUACCAGGAUUGCCUGCCGAACUGUAUCUAAAUUACGACUGCGGCUUGUAUUCGACCAAUUUGUACGACGAACUGAUGAAGCUUCUGUCGAAGAAUGCUUCCGCGUUCAUGGGCACAAUGUACAGUAUGCAGUUCAUCUCGUUGGACGCUAUAAUUAUGCUGGUAUCUGGCAUGGAAGUCAGAUGCAAAGGGUACAAAGAUUUGUGCAAACCUUCGCGACACGGUGCUUCGCCGAAUCUACCGACGCGGGAAGAAUUGCUCGCCAUAAAAGCUAACAAGAGGUGGUUGGUGGUGGGAACGGAAAAAUUUAACGAGAGCCCGCGGGAAGGUAUCGCCAAGCUGACGGAACACGGCCUGUUGGGUGGAAGCCCCGGCAAUCCCGAUCCGGAGAAGGUUGCGAAAUUUUUGAAGGAGAAUCCCAGCCUCGACAAGAAAGCUAUCGGAGAGUACAUCAGCAAGAAGGAGAAUAAAAAUGUUUUAAAUUGUUUCGUUCAUAGCUUCGAUUUGAGAAACACGCGCGUCGAUCAAGCCCUACGUCUUUAUUUGGAAUCAUUCCGUCUUCCUGGCGAAGCGCCACUCAUCUCUUUGUUGCUCGAGAAGUUCGCGGAACAUUGGCACGAUAGCAAUGGCAAGCCGUUCGAAUCGGCGGACGCCGCGUUUACCUUGGCAUACGCUGUGAUCAUGUUGAACGUUGAUCAGCACAAUUACAACGUAAAACGGCAGAACAAUCCGAUGACCGCCGACGAGUUUAAACGGAAUCUGAAGAAGGUCAACGGUGGAUCCGAUUUCGAUCAAGAUAUGCUCGACGAAAUUUAUUGUUCCAUCAAGAGCGAGGAGAUCGUAAUGCCGGCGGAACAGACGGGAUUGGUGAAGUCGAAUUAUUUAUGGAAAGUACUGUUGCGUAGAGGCGCAGGGCCCGAAAGCGUCUACCUGAAAGUUGGAAACUCUGGCGAAUUCGUGGACAAGGAGCUGGCCGAACAGGCUUGGGCAUCGAUAAUUAGCGCGCUUUGCCGCGCGUACGACAAAGCACCCGAUAGGUCGUUGCAGCGGCGAGUUGCCGACAUGUUCCUCCGGUGUGCCUCGAUAAGCGCUCACUACAGUAUGAACAGCGAUUUCGACACGCUCGUGGUCAGUUUGUGCAAGUUCACGGGCUUGGCGACCGGUGGCGAACCCGAUCAAGUGGUGUUGUAUCUCGGAAGAAGCGGCAGGUGCCAGCUAGCCGUGAGAGCCCUCUUCAAGAUCAUUCACAUGGACGGGGACGCGAUGAGAGCCUCGUGGAAGAACAUAGUCGACUGUCUGCAGUCGUUGUACAAAGCAAGGUUGCUUCCAAAGGGUCUGACCGAAGGAGAGGACUUUAUCGAUCCGUCCGGAAAGAUAUCUCUGCUUCGCGAAUCGACCACGCCCAAACCGCCGCCCACCGAUCAAGGAAUAUUCUCCAGUUUGUACUCGUACAUCGCUCAAGACACCUCGCGCAUAUCUCAGCCGGCGGAAGCGACCACGAGGAAAAAGGCGACCGAGUUCGUGGCCAGCUGCUAUCUCGAACAGAUCAUCGAGGACAGCAAAUUCUUGGAGGUCGAAUCGCUUCGGUCUCUCGUCGGUGCUCUGGUAUUCACCAACCACCAAGACGAAGACGUGUCGGUAUUCCUGCUGGAACUCCUGUUGGAGGUGACCAUUCAGAAUCGCGACAGGGUGACGUGCGUUUGGCCGAUAGUGAAGGCUCACUUGGACGGUCUGCUGACAACGGCCGCGAGGGAGAAUCAUCCGUAUCUGCUGGAGAGGGUAGCGGUUGGAAUGCUGAGAUUGGCCAUCAGACUGCUGCGAGGAGAAGAAUGCGCGUGGACCGUGUUGCCCCCUCUGUUGCCGUUGACUCAUUUGCCUUCGGCGACCACCGCGCCUCUCGCCCGACAAAUCGCGUACGGCUUGUUCGAGCUGCUGAAGAUCGGCGCUGCCAACAUUCACAGCACGGAAGACUGGAAGGUGGUGUUCAGUCUUUUGGAAUGCGCCGGCGCCGGCGCGCUGUCGCCGAAGCAGUCGAAUCCGGUGUUGGACGAGGCAGCGAACUCCAGAACAUCGGUGUUGGAUCCUAGGCCCAUCAGUCCGGUGCCGGAAUGGAUGUUGAUGUCGCCGACGGGGACGGAGGCGCCUCUGCCAGUGGCGGCCGACACGAUCGUCCUCGAUCGGGACCUGCAGCAGCACGACCCGGCCGCGCUGGUCAAGUGCUGCGACAGCUUGACGUUUCUGGUCAGAGACGUGGCGCACGUCACUCCGUUCAACUUUGAACUGUGCAUUCGUUGCGUGAGGACCUUCGCCGAGGCGGUCCUGCAAUGCUCGGGCAAGAGAAGCAGGGUUCACGCGACGACGGAGGAACCGGCCGGCUACCAGGAGAGUCCGAUUCAACUGUUGGAGCUGAUGCACACGUUGCACACUCGCACCGCUCAGGUGUUCAGAUGGUGGGCGGAAGAGGGGGGGAACGCCGAGCAAUCGGUGUCGCUGUGGCCGCAGGUCUGGAGGCCUCUGUUGCAAGGUAUCGCGAGGUUGUGCUGCGACGCGCGACGACCGGUACGCACGGCGGCCAUCACCUAUCUGCAGAGCACGCUUUUGGCUCACGACUUGGGUCAAUUGUCGGCGAUCGAGUGGUCCCAGUGUCUGGAACAGGUGCUCUUUCCAUUGCUCGCUCAACUGCUGGGACCGAUCGCGUCGAACGACCCGGUCGGAGUCGAGGAAACGAGAGUCAGAGCGGCCCAGCUGCUGUCCAAGGUCUUUCUUCAUCAUCUGAACCCUCUGCUGACUCUUCCCGGAUUUCUACCUCUGUGGCUGACCGUUCUGGAUCUGCUACGCGCUUACAUGCACGCGGACAGCAGCGAGCUCCUGUUCGAAGCAAUACCGGAAUCGCUGAAGAACAUGUUGCUCGUGAUGUCUUCCACCAACGUUCUCGUGCCCGACUCGAAUCUGUGGGCGCCCACUUGGAGAACCAUCGACGCGUUCCUGCCCGAUCUGAAGGACGUACUUUUCCCAGAGCCACCGCCGCCGCCGCCGCCGCCUCCGGCGUCGCAGGCGCAGCAGAUCCCGCAUGUGAUCAGCUUGGUGGAGCAACAGCAACCGUCGUUUACGGGCUCGAUAGCGCCGCAACCGGACAACGGUGUCCCGGAACCGCCGAACUCGCUGUCGUUGCAUCAGGACGCGAACGCGGAAGUCGCCCCGUCGGAAUCGGGGACCAACCCCGGCUCGGUGAUCUCGAACGCGAACACGAACGUGAACGCCAUCUCCGUGACGGUUCCGUUGUUCGACUACAAAGAACCGCAACAGGUGAUCACGCUGGUGAAUCAACAGCCUCCGAGCGUAUCGAGCCCCGUCGCCGUACAGCCGGCCGCGCAACAGGUAUUCGACGUGUGUCAAUCCGUCUGUCGGUCGACGAUCGUCGGCGAGCACACGACCAACGCCACCGAAGCGUAUCUCGAGCGAAUACCAAAGAUCGAGAACGAGCAGGAUCACGUUGUCGCGGCCGAAUACGAGGAUCGGCGGCAACAGCAGCAGCAACAGCAGCAGCAGUCCUCGCCUAGACAACACUCUGUACAGCAUUUACUCUAUAAGCAGAAACAGCAACACGUUGGAACGGUGAACUCCUCGCAUAGCGCGAACUCGUCCGAGACGACAGCUAUAAGUUCUACGGCGGCGACGAUGUUUAAUUCUGCGGCGUAUUUUAGCGAGGAUCCCGCCGCGGAUCGGCUAUUCGCCGUGACCAAUCCUUGACCACUGUACAUUCGUUCUGUAUAUUGUAUGAUAUAAAAUAUUUCUAUGAAGCACGAGACGCCUUUGGUCCCGCGCGAAGGAAGAGGGGAGAGCGUACGGCGAACAACGGAAUCGAAAACGGCAGUGACACAGACCUUUGGUUCGCGUAUAUUUGCGCGGGCGCGGUGUAUUAAUAAUAACACGUGAACGGUGUAAUCGA